AUGGAAGAACAACAACCACAACAAGAACAACAACAACAAGAUUGGAUUGAAUCCUAUAAAAAAAGUAAAAAUGGUGUUGUAAUGGAUUAUUAUAAUAAAAAGAUAAUGGCACCAAUGGUUAGAGUUGGUACAUAUCCAAUGAGAAUAUUAGCAUAUAACUAUGGUUGUGAUAUUGCAUAUAGUGAAGAAUUAAUUGAUUUAAAACUUAUGAAAUCAACUAGAGUUGUAAAUGAAAAAUUAAAAACAAUUGAUUUUAUUGCAAAAGAUCAAACAUUAUGUUAUAGAACAUCAGAAAAAGAUGUUCGUAAUGUAUUACAAUUAGGUACAGCAUCAUCAAUGACAGCAUUGGAAGCAGCAAAAGUUGUAUGUAAUGAUAUUUGUGCAUUGGAUAUUAAUAUGGGAUGUCCAAAAUUCUUUUCAGUUCAAGGUGGAAUGGGAUCAGCAUUAUUAUCAAAACCAGAGACAAUUAAGGAUAUAUUAACAACAUUGAAGAGAAAUUUAAAUGGUAUUCCAAUAACAUGUAAAAUUAGACUACUAUCAACCGACCAAGAAACUAUCGACCUAUUACGUAUAAUCGAAUCCACUGGUGUCAGUGCAAUCGGUGUUCACUGUCGUAUGAUACCAGAGAGACCAAGGGACCCAGCACAUUGGGAUAGAUUAGAAAACAUACUAAGCAAUGCAUCGUUCAGUGUGCCAAUCAUUGCAAAUGGUGAUAUCUUUGAACAUGCAGAUAUUGAAAAAAUUAAAAAACAAACUAAAGUAGACUCAAUAAUGAUUGCAAGGGGUGUCGUUAAGAAUGUUUCAAUCUUUAGUAAACCUUCACCAAUUGAUUUAAAACAAAUCAUUCAAGAAUAUACUGAAAUAGCUUAUCAAACUAAUAAUAGUCCUGUAAACACUAAAUACGUUAUCAAUAGUAUGUUAAAUGAAAAUAAUAUUACAACUAAUAAAGAAGCAAAAGCAAUGUCCUCUGCUCGUGAUUAUGAUACAAUCACUAAAAUUUGGGGAAUCAAUGAUAAAUUUAAACAAUUUUGUUUAGAAAAUAAUAUUGAAAAAGAAGAUGAUAAAAAUAUAAAUAAAAAUAAAAAUAAUAAUAAUAAAAAUAGUAAGAAAACAAAACUUGAAGAAACUAAUAAUCAAUGUGAUAUUAAAAAACAAAAAAUAGAAGAUGAAGAUAAAAAUAAUAAUAAUAUAAUUAAUAAAGAAGAAUAA